AUGAGCCACAGAAAAGUUCAUUCACAAGGGAGCGUACCUUUUUCAUGGGAGGCCAUGCCCGGCGUCUCCAAGGUCACAAAUCAAGACUGCCCUACAGAUUUUGGGGUUGGUGCCCUUAAUUGCCUCUCUGCAGAAGAAGACUCUGGAGAUAGCCCCAAAAAGUUGGUGAACAAUCCUGAGAUAAAGAUUCCUCUGCCUCCAUGCCCAUUAUUGAAGGCUCCGAGUAGAAGUAGUUCGACGAAGGGGUUUAGAUGGCAUGUAGAAGCAGACCCUUUUCUUAUGGCUUACAAAGAGUGCACCAAAACUACAAGCACUUUGAAUAAUAAUUCAGGUAAGCUGCCUGGCAGUGAGAAUAAUAAGAAAGGUUCCGAUGCAAUUGGGUGUAAAGUCAGGAAGAGCAGGUUCAAUAUGUUUUCUUGCAAGAAUUCAUGUGAUGUGAGAGAGGAUAAUUUUGUAAAGCUGUCUCAGCUUCCUGCUCUUCCGAGAGACGGAAGUCGCUCAACCAGAUGA